ACAUAGUUACCUUCUCUUAGAAGUAGCUCUUUAUAAAACCCACUCUCACACUCAUUCCUCACAUUUCUCACAAAAUCUUCUCUCUCUUAAACCCUUUCUCUCCUGUAACCGUUUUUCAUCGCAAUGUCUCGUCGCGGUGGCGCUAACCAUCCCGAUCCUCGCCGGAAUCAACCUUCUCCGGCAAUUUCACAGUCAUCCGUCAAUGCUGCAGGAUCAGGACGUGGUGGUCGUGGUUCACGCGGUGGACACACCGUUCCAUCUCCGUCGUCUGUUCCCUCUCCGGUUCCGGUAACCGCUGCUUCAUCAACCGCAGCUCCGGUUGUCGCUGGUUCAAGUUCCGCUCCAACGCGUCCAUCUCCGGCUCUGGCUUCGGCGACGGUUUCUACUGAAGUGCUGAGUUCUGAGGUUGAAAAGCUUACUUUAGAGUCGACUCCGGCGGCGGCUUCAGCGCCGUCGUCUCAGAAGGCGGUGAGGUUUCCUAACAGACCUGGUAUCGGUCGAUUAGGAAGGAAAAUUCAAGUUCGUGCUAAUCAUUUCCAGCUGCAAGUUGUUGAUAAGGAUCUUCAUCACUACGAUGUAUCAUUUGCGCCGGAGAUUACUUCAAAGAAAGUGUCGAGGGAUGUUAUCAACCAGUUAGUGAAAAUGCACCAAGAGUCCAUGCUUGGGAAUCGCAUUCCUGCUUAUGAUGGGAGGAAGAGUCUGUUUACUGCUGGUCCUUUACCCUUUACUUCGAAGGUUUUUGUGAUUAACUUGGUUGAUGAGAACAAAGGAUCCUCUUCUGGUUCUGACAAGAAAAAGCGUGAACGCGAGUUUAAGGUUACAAUUAAGUUUGCUUCACAGACGGACCUGAACCAUCUUACUCAGUUUCUCCGUCGUUUGCAGCUAGAUUGUCCUUAUGAAACCAUACAAGCUCUUGAUAUUGCUUUGCGGGCAACUCCAUCUGAAAUGUAUACUGUUUCAGGGAGGUCAUUUUUCUCUCCCAGUUUGGGGGCACAGGGGCCUCUUGGCGGUGGGACCGAGUAUUGGAGAGGUUAUUAUCAAAGCCUUAGGCCCACGCAGAUGGGAUUGUCCCUCAAUAUUGAUGUUUCUUCGAGGGCUUUUUAUGAACCGAUUCGUGUGACUGACUUUAUUUCUAAGAAUUUUAAGUUGAAUUUUUCAAGGCCACUGUCUGAUCAAGAUCGUGUCAAGAUCAAGAAAGCCUUGAGAGGUAUUAGGGUAAGAACAUCUCACGGAGGUAACAUAAGGAGUUACAAGGUGACCGGUGUCUCAAAAGAGCCCCUCAGAGAUCUAAUGUUCAAGCUUGAUGACCAAGUAACUCGGAAAAAAAUAUCUGAUUAUUUCUAUGAGAAAUAUGAAAUUGUGUUACAGUAUCCACUUCUUCCUGCUCUCCAAGCUGGAAGUGACACGAGGCCUAUGUUUAUUCCAAUGGAGCUUUGUCAAAUUGAGUCUGGACAAAGGUACUCCAAAAGAUUAAACGAAGAGCAAGUAACAAACCUUUUAAGGGCUACCUGUCAGCGUCCUCAGCAGAGAGAAAAUGAUAUUAAAAAGAUUGUGACGCAGCACCGUUUCAACGCAGACAAAGUUGCAAAGGAGUUUGGUAUCAAUGUAAGGGAGGAACUUGCAUUGGUUGACGCCCGUGUUUUGCCUCCCCCGAUGCUCAAAUAUCAUGGAAAUGGCGGAGAUUCAAAAAUUGAACCCAGGAUGGGUCAAUGGAAUAUGAUUAGACAUAAAGUGGUUAAUGGUGGCACGGUGCAAUUUUGGAGUUGCCUUAGCUUUUCUAGAUUGAACCCAACUCAAUUUUGUGCGGAGUUGGUUAAUAUGUGUCAAGCCAAGGGAAUAAUUUUCAACAGAGAUCCUUUGGUACCUAUAGCCCCAGCCAAUUCAAAUCAAAUUGAGAAAGAGCUUGAGAAAUUAGAUAAGAACUGCAAGGCAAAACUUAAUAGCACAAACCCGAAAGAUAGACUGCAACUGUUGAUAGUAAUUUUGCCUGAUUCCAAGGGGAGGUUUUAUGAUGACAUAAAGCGUGUUUGUGAAACAAGACUAGGAAUUGUGACUCAAUGUGUUAAACCAAAUCAAGCUGCAAAGCUGAGUAAGCAGUAUCUGGAGAAUGUGGCUUUGAAGAUUAAUGUUAAGGUUGGUGGCCGCAACACAGUAUUGUAUGAUGCCAUUGAAAGAAGAAUUCCUCUUUUAACUGAUGUACCAACGAUAAUAUUUGGUGCGGAUGUAACACAUCCUCAGCCAGGAGAAGAUUCGUCUCCUUCAAUAGCUGCAGUGGUGGCAUCCAUGGAUUGGCCUCAAGUCACAAACUAUAGGGGACUUAUUUCUGCCCAGUCUCAUCGGGAAGAAAUUAUUCAAGAUCUGUACAAAACAACAGAACACCCACAGAGAGGAAUUGUGCAUAGUGGAAUGAUAAGGGAGUUGCUCCUGGCUUUCUAUCGAAAAAAUGGGUCUAAGCCUGCGAGGAUUAUAUUUUACAGAGAUGGAGUAAGUGAAGGGCAGUUUAGUCAGGUUUUGCUUUAUGAGAUGGAUGCGAUUAGAAAGGCUUGUGUUUCACUAGAGAGCAAUUAUCUGCCAAGAGUUACUUUUGUGGUGGUCCAAAAGAGACAUCACACCCGUCUCUUUCCCACGAGUAACGACCAGACAGAUCGGAGUGGAAAUAUAAUGCCAGGAACUGUGGUUGACACAACCAUUUGCCAUCCCAGGGAAUUUGAUUUUUAUCUGAACAGCCAUGCUGGGAUUCAAGGGACUAGUCGACCAUCUCAUUAUCAUGUGUUGUUCGAUGAAAAUGGCUUCAGUGCUGAUCAGUUACAGAGUUUGACGAAUAACUUAUGUUACACUUAUGCAAGGUGUACUCGUUCAGUGUCAAUAGUUCCUCCUGCAUAUUAUGCACACUUGUUGGCAUUUCGAGCUCGCUACUACCUCAAUGAAGUUGACACUUCUGAUUCUGGUUCUGCAAGUGGCAACAGAAGUACCACCAACUUUGUGUCGACACUGCCCUCCAUAAUGGAAAAUAUCAAGGACGUUAUGUUCUACUGUUGACAUUGGUUACAAGUUUGGAAGGGGUUUUAGAUGCUCCUUUAUUUACCAUGUUUUUUCUUUAUUAUAAAACUUAUGUUGCCAUCUGUUUUUUUGGGUGGACCUUUUUGGUUUGAAUGUGGUUUUGAAAGUACUAGAUAGCUUUUGGUCAUGUAACUUAUGCUGCUACCAUCCAUGGAUAUGGUUAAUAUUUUGAAUUAUGGUGCAUAUGGUUCCACCAUGGUUAUGGUUAUAAAUAUUUUGAAAUUAUGGUUA